CAAGCCCGGAUCCUGAUCUGACCUCCGCAAAGACAGGGAUCAAGUAACCCGUCAACAGCGUUGGUUUAAAAAGUUGUUGCUUUUUUAAGGUAACCCUUACAAGAGGCCCCAGCCACCCAGCACCAUGACGACAAUUCGCUCCUCCGUGCGACCAGAAAGCUCCAAACAGCCAUGGGGCACAAUCCUCAAGCCGGAGUUCGGGCUGGGCUACCAAAAGAUGACGGACUACGAGAUUGACCAGACGGUCCAGCGACUCAACACGGUGCCAGUGCCGAAAGAGAGAGCAUACACCAGGCCCAACAAGAAGAUGUCGGCAGAAGAAAUUGAGGCUAUG